UCCGUGCCUAGCACCUGCGACAAAUGGCAGAUGCGGACAGUGACUCCAGGCAUCUGAUCUCUGAGGUAGACGAUGAAGUAGAUCCUGGACCUAUGAAUAUCCAGUUUGAUUCAUCGGACCUGAGAUCUAAAAGGCACUCAACAUCUCGAUGAAAAUGGUUGGAAAAGAAAAACUUUCAAAGUCAUUCUGUUCUCAGAGUACCCGAGCCAACUAAACUGUGAGAAGUGAAUGCCUUGCCUUUGUGCAUCUCAUUUCAAAUGGAGGACAAGAAGUUAUUCUCUGCAAUGGCUGACUUCCAGAAUUUUUGCCUGAAUGUUUUUUGUCAAGUAUAUAUUCCCUUCUUUAGGCCUUUCUAUAUAGAGCCUACAAACAUCGUCAAUGUGAAUGAUGUCAUUCAGAGGGUUAGUGACCAUGCCUCUGCUAUGAACAAGCGGAUACAUUACUACAGCCGGCUCACCACUCCUGCAGACAAGGCACUGAUUGCUCCAGACCACGUAGUCCCAGCUCCAGAGGAAUACUAUGUGUACAGUCCAUUGGGCUCUGCCUAUAAACUCCAGAGUUACACUGAAGGCUAUGGUAAAAACACCAGCUUAGUAACGAUUUUUAUGAUCUGGAAUACCAUGAUGGGAACAUCUAUACUAAGUAUUCCUUGGGGCAUAAAACAGGCUGGAUUUACUACUGGAAUGUGUGUCAUCGUGCUGAUGGGCCUCCUGACACUUUAUUGCUGCUAUAGAGUGGUGAAAUCACGGAGUAUGAUAUGUACAUUGGACACAACUACCUGGGAAUAUCCAGAUGUCUGCAAACAUUAUUUUGGCUCCUUUGGGCAAUGGUCAAGUCUCCUUUUUUCCUUAGUGUCUCUCAUUGGAGCAAUGAUAGUUUAUUGGGUACUUAUGUCUAAUUUUCUUUUUAAUACUGGAAAGUUUAUUUUCAAUUUCAUUCACCACAUUAAUGACACUGACACUAUACUGAGAACCAAUGACAGCAACCCUGUGAUUUGUCCAAGCGCUGGGAGCAGUGGCCAUCCUGACAACAGCUCCAUGGCUUUCUACAAUGACACACAAGUCCAGCAGUUUGAGAAGUGGUGGAAUAAGUCCAAGACAGUGCCGUUGUACCUCAUAGGGCUCCUCCUGCCACUGCUCAAUUUCAAGUCUCCUUCGUUUUUUUCCAAAUUUAACAUCCUAGGCACAGUAUCCGUCCUCUAUUUGAUUGUCCUUGUUACCUUGAAGGCUAUUCGCUUAGGAUUCCAUCUGGAAUUUCACUGGUUUGUGCCAACAGAAUUCUUUGUACCAGAGAUAAGAUUUGAGUUUCCACAGCUGACCGGAGUGCUCACUCUUGCUUUCUUUAUCCACAAUUGUAUUAUCACACUCUUGAAAAACAACAAGAACCAGGAAAAUAAUGUGAGAGACCUGUGCAUUGCUUAUAUGCUGGUGACGCUGACUUAUCUCUAUAUUGGUUUCCUGGUUUUUGCCUCAUUUCCUUCACCUCCAUUAUCCAAAGAUUGUAUUGAGCAGAACUUCUUAGACAACUUCCCUAGCGGUGACAUCCUGUCCUUCAUUGCAAGGAUAUUCCUGCUGUUCCAGAUGAUGACCGUCUACCCACUCUUAGGCUACUUGGCCCGUGUUCAGCUCUUGGGCCAUAUCUUCGGUGACGUUUAUCCUAGCAUUUUCCAUGUGCUGAUUCUUAAUUUAAUUAUUGUGGGAGCUGGAGUGACCAUGGCCUGUUUCUACCCAAACAUAGGCGGGAUCAUAAGGUACUCGGGAGCAGCAUGUGGCCUGGCUUUCGUGUUCAUAUACCCUUCUCUCAUCUACAUAAUUUCCCUCCGCCAAGAAGAGCGUCUGACAUGGCCUAAAUUAGUCUUUCACAUUUUCAUCAUCAUUUUGGGCCUGGCGAACCUGUUUGCUCAGUUUUUCAUGUGAAAACUGUUUUCCCGCCAUUUCUCGUGGUAUUCUGAACCUUGGCAACGGUUCCGCAUAAAAGAACUUGAAAAUGCUGUCGUUGCUGUAAUUCUAAGCGUUUUUCUCAGACGGCUGAAAGCGAGGGAAACGCUGGUCUGCUGAUAACUAUUUUUGUACUGGAGCAGGGAGGGAUGAUGCGGAUGGUUCACCUUUGCCUUUCUCGGGGACCCCAUCCCAGGCAUCCAAGUAGAAAUAUAGAAGGAAUCACACUGGUUUUUUUGUUGAUAAGUAUAAGGUAGGUGGAUGUGUUUUGCCUACAGCUAGGAAUCUCAGGGGUUGGGUCCAGGCGACAUGUUGUCAGGUCCUAUUUCUGUUGCAGAGUCCUCUCGUCCACUUUCUCACUUGCUGGACCAUUUCUUCAGUUUACCCAGACCGCUGCUGUUUCCAACAGUAAAACAAAUACCUCAUUUUAAAAGAAGUUUCCAUGGCAUCAUUAUUAAUUGAAUGAAUUCCUAACUAAAUACUUCAUCUGAAGAACAAAAAAAAAAAAAAAAUGUCAAUGAUAUCAGUCCCAGAAGACGCCUGUAAAAUAAGCCCAGUGGGUAGCUGGUGGGGACAAGAGGACCAGGGUUUGUGCCACCCUCAGUUUCAUGGCCAGUGUGAAACCAGCCUAACCAUGUCAAACCUUGUCUCAAGACACCGAGAGAAAAACAAAAGAAAGCGUGUAUCAGAUAAACUUGUGCAGAGGUGGUUGCUGUCUAAUCCAGUUCCAGUGACCUAGAUUGAGGUUGCAGUUCCCAAGCCAGAUCUUACACGUGAACAAAAGCUGUUGUCCCCACAGACCCAGGGGACUCUUCUCGUGUCUUUGAGCGUUGCAUGGACUGCCGUGAAGCCUAAUGAAGAAAGCGUGAGGGACAGCAUGUGAGGCCCUUCAGAAGAACAAGGGAAUAGCUAGAAAGGGUGGGACUCCGCCCAGGGUACCCUGAGCCAUUCUGGUCCAGGUGUGACCUACAGGGGCCGACACCAUCUACCAUUCCUCUAGUGGGAGGGGAAGAAUGUCGUCUGCACAAGAAAAACUUCUGUCUGACAAGAAGAUUGAGAAGGAAACCCAGGUCCUAGAGUUAACACUCUUCCCAUUUCCCUUCUGACCUGAAAGCUGAGCGAGAAUCCAGAUGUCUGCCUUCCGUGUAACACGGUGUGUGCUCCACCCAAAACUACUGACAUUUAGAGCGCUCUAAUUUGGGGCUAAAUUUUUAAAAAUGUAUCAUAAUUCCACUUCCGAGGAGUGUGAAGAUUGUGUCGUGUCCGUCCUUGGGGAAAAGCAGGUGAAAUGGUUUCUGUAAACCUAGUUAGGAGCUCCAGAGUUAAGACCAGCUUUGAUUUCUUUCAGCAUGGCUUAUGUCCUGUUGGAGUUACAGAUCUGUGUUUAUAAGAAGCUGUCAUUCCUAACACUUUUUAAAGUCUCAUUAUGAGAACUGUCAGGUACAUACACAAAUAGGAUAAUAUGGAAAACUCCGCCCACCCAUCCCCGGGUCUGGUAAUUAUAGACGUAGCUGAAUUUCCUUCACCUGCUCCUUCCCGCUUUUUUCUUUUCUGACAUAUUUAAAAACCAAUCUCAGACAUUAUGUCAUUUCAUUUCUGCAAACCUUAAUAUUCAGCUAAUAACCCGAACUUUGAGCCUAGUCCCAUUUAUCAUGGAGCCAGUCCCCGAAGCGCUGGCUAGCAGAAAGAGCUGCAGAAGCCCUUUGGACCGUCUGACUGCAGACUUGCUUUCUUCAGAGGCAUUUGCGUCAAAGAUGGGUGCUUUGAGAGAUGUUCCGACUUAAUCUCUGUAUGUUCGUGGUAGUUUCUUCUCUCUUUGAGAACUUUAGAAACCACCGUCAUUGCUUUUUCCACAAAGGCAUUCCUGAGUGCUUUAACACAUCAAAGAUGUGCUAUGCUUUAGCAGUCAGGGUGAUUGGAUGUGUUUUGCCUAUUUCAUAAAUAAAAGGAGUAUGGCAGGGGAUGCUACUCUCUGGACAAAAAAGAAUGUGGAUUUAUGCUUUUGUUUUCUAAAAGAGAUUUGAUCAUUUAGACUUCCUAAUUCCCUGUUAGAGGAGCCAGAUGGCUUUGUCUCCUCAGUCUCUUUUGGAGACUCCUUUGGCCUGUCACUUAGCCGAGUCAAGACUCAUGAGUGUGCGUGUCCUGCCGAGAAUGACGCUAUAGGAACUCACACGCAGUUAGUCUGACUUGCUCUCUCUCCUCUCCUCUCCUGAACUGUCUAAUUAAACGGCUUUCGCUUUUUGCUCUGAUGUGGUCAGCCUUCGGAUUUAGCUUCUUUAACACACAGCUGAGGGCACUAAGAUAUAGAAGGAAUUGUUUUGAAGGGUCUUCCUGAGAAAUCCUAUGCGGGAAGGAGAAAAAAAUGGGGAUAAGAUUUAUACCUGUGGGUGAUGGUGCAGUCAUUGCCAUCAGCACACUCCAAAAAUGUGUUUGGAAUAAGGAGUAAAUGCGCCCGCUGGAAGCUACUGUCUUAAAGGGAAAUGCUCCAUUUACAUCAAGUGUGUUUCAUAAGCCCUGCGCAGCUGUUGACUGUCGCAGUGGGCUUGUUUUCUGCUUCUACUUGAACCUUACCACGAAAAUGUUUGUGUGUUUUUAAUUGUCAUUCCCAUAAUUGUUCUGUGUAAAUAAUUGAACGGUCAAUGUUCAUGACUUUGGAGGAGCUAAAGCCAUGUCUUAAAGCAUGCAUCUUCAAGGGGCUUUUAGUCUAGGGAAGAAAGAGUGCUCACCAGCACGCGGGGACGGUGGGGACUGUUGGAGCCCGUGACAUUAUGGGGAGGGACUGUCCAGAGGCAACUCCCCAAAGUUACGCUCACUCUGCUCACCAGCUAAUAGAAUGAUGUGUUCCAGGUAUUUGCUUCUAUUGGGGCAAAUUUUCUCUAAAACUUAUUUUGUGACACUUACUUGCUUCUUUUUGCAUUAUUUUUUCUUCUUUAUUAACACUAAAGUAUUUAACUCCUAUGGCUCUUGGACAGAAAGCAUAAUUAAUAUGAGAUGUAAUUAGUAAUACACUGGGUGCUACAGACAGAGUCUGUAAUCUUCAAAUGUUUAAUUUCCUUAAUAUGAAUAUUCAAAAUGUCAAAUGUUUACAUUCAUUGAUAUGAUAGUGUUCUGCUUUGUCUCUGUUACCGUGAUAAAAUACCAUGGCCUGAAGCAAGAGUCUGUUUGGCUUCCAGUUCCAAAGAGGGAGUCGGUGUGGUCAGGACAGCACGGAGGAGCAACAGAGCAGGGCCGGUAAAUCCCAUUUCCUCUGCACGUAGAAAACCAGGAGUGCAAACACGGAGUGAGGGGGAGAGGUAGAAACUCACAGCCCACCCCACCCCAGCAGAACUCCAGUUCCUAAAUUUCAGGACUUCCACCACAGAGUGGGUCCCCAGACCAGUUGAGGACCAAGUGUUCAGACCCAUCAGCCCACGGGGAGAUUUCUCACCGAAACCCCACAGGUGAUAAAGCAGAGAAUACGGUGCUGCCUGUUUUCCUUACCCAGUAUUGACAUGUUGCUUUUUAGAAGUCGGUGGUGAUUUGGGUUUUGUGUUUAACUUGACUUCAUACCAACUUGAAUGUUCAAAAACAAACCCAAGUCUAGCUGGUGCCUAAGCGUCGUGUGUCACCAGCCUGUGAUCCAGAGUGAAAUGAAUCCCCGAUGUCACACACACACACUGGCUCGGCUGACCCCGCUCUCACUGUCGCCGCCAACCUCACUUAAGAUUGUAUAAACACGUAUUGUAAAACAGCUCUGAUAGGAACCUCAGAAUCCAAACAGUGUUCUCUGAUAUGUGAUUUGUCUUUUUAUAGAAAAAAGGAAAUUAAAUCAGAAUUAUUUUGAAAACAAGUAUCUCUGGGAUUUUGUUUAGGAGACUUUGGCUAGGAAAUCCUAUUGCCUCCUAGCAGUGGCCACAAGCAGAAGCAGCUGGUUCUGCAUUCUCAAGUGACUGUGCCUCUGGCUCAUAUCAGACUACACGGCGCCUUCCUUAAAGUGACGAUCUUCUAGGAAAGCCUAUAGCACAUUAACUGAAACCUAAGGUGACAUCCCGUAAACCGUGGCUCUCGGUAAGUGGUGCCCAGUCUCUGGCCAAAAGCUUUGGGAAAAAAUCGUAAUUUCCAGAAGCUUUGAAACUAUUAAAGCACCCUAAUUUUCUGGCUUCUUUAGAUUACUUUUCCCCCCACCAAAUAUAAUUUUUUUCUUGAUUUCUCCACUCUUCUGGAAAGUUAAAAUAAGACUUGUAAAAAGUAAUAAUGCCCCUCUGUUUAUCUUGGACUAUGCCUCAUAGUCCCAGAGUAGGAAUGAGGAGGUUCCCUCAGACACUCCCCUCUGCCUCUCAAUCCCAAGCAGGCCAGUAAUGUUUAGUCAUAGCAGGCCUCAGGAUGCGCUUGUUCAGUCAACUAGUCAGGAUUCCACUGACAUGGAAAUGUUAUUAGAUGUUAUUAUCUAGGGUUUUCCUAAGACUCCUCCCCCAUGAGGGUGCUGGAGGGGCACCUUGGUGGUACAACACUUGCCUGUAAGCACGAGGUCCUGGGUCUGAUCCCAGCACUCCAGAAGGAAAAAGAAUUGGGUCAGUCAGGUUCCAGAUUAAUCAUUCAGUACUUGAGUGCUUACCGAAUGCCGGACCUUGUGCUAAGCACUGAGCGUGCUGUGGUGAACAGGCAAGGUGUGGUCCCAGCAGUGGCCCAGCAACUGAGUCACCCUCCUUAGAUGCCACCGAAGUACCCAGCUUCUGCCCUCUCGGUGCCCUGUCUUCGUCGAGGCCUGUGGUAUGUGAUUGGAGGAGCUGAGUGUAGAAGGCCAGUGGGAUAGAUAGGUUGGGGCUUCCCAGAGCGAGCUGUGUUUCUUUUUUUUUUUUUUUGGUUUUUCGAGACAGGGUUUCUCUGUGGUUUUGGAGCCUGUCCUGGCACUAGCUCUUGUAGAGGAGGCUGGCCUCGAACUCACAGAGAUCCACCUGUCUCUGCCUCCCGAGUGCUGGGAUUAAAGGCGUGCGCCACCACCGCCCGGCUGCGAGCUGUGUUUCUACAUCCCAGGUCAACUCUAGCACUGAAAUGAUUUGUGCAAAACCAGAAGGUCCCAAAGAAGAACAAAUGACCUGGUGCGUGACCUGCUGGAGUAAUGAUGGGUUUCUAGGUGAAUCACUUCCCUUGUCGCUUUAUUGUUUAUAUUGCAAAUUUUUCCUUAAGCAAUGUCUGAGAUAAAUCAUGACAAAGAUUUGUAGAAAUAUGUAUACAUACUGCCAUGAUGGAAGCCACCUGCCUUCUGUGAAUCUUCAGUACGGUUAAGAUAGAUGCCUUUUCCUAUUUUAUUAUUAUCAUCAUGAUUAUUAUUUAGGCUCUCGUGGGUCCUCCUGACUUUGAACUCUCUGUGUAGCCAAGGAUGUCCUAGAUUUGCAUCCUCUCCCUCCAGCUCCUAAAUGCCAGGAGCACAGGGAGAUCUUACCAUGCCCGGCCGAAAAAGACCUUUGGUUCCAGGGACAGGUCCAGGCUUUACACCAGCUGACACCUACACAGUUUGGAGUUGCCUCUUUAAGGAACAACACAGAAUGUGUGUUGAAAUAGGAGCAGCGGGGCUGCGUCCCCAACACCCCGGCCGCUUGGCUAGCUCAUGCCCGAAAUAACAACACACAAACUGCAUUUAUUUAAAGAACUGCUUGGCUCAUGAACUCUAGCCCUUACAGGCCAAUUCUCGCACCUGGACUAGCCCAUUUCUAAUGAUCUGUGUAAGCACCCCAAGGUGCGCUUACCGGGAAGAUUCUAGCCUCCUUCCAUCAUGGUGUCUCUGCUCCAGAGAGCAGAGCUGUCCGGUCUCUCUGGAAGCAGAGCAGAGUCUGACCUCACUUCCUCUUCUGCCCAGAAUUCUAUUCUGUUUAUUCCUCCCACCAAUGCUUUAACCUAUGAGGCCAAGCAGUGUGUUUAUUACUUAACCAAUGAAAUCAACAGAUUGAUAUAUGACACUCCCACAUCAAAUGUGGAACCUCAGCUAGGAAGUAGCUCAUACAAAUGAGGAACCCAGAUGUAGCUGUGUUAGCUUCGAGACCGUCUGGGACAGGUGGGAAAUGUGAGGAACUAGGGUAGUGAUGGGCACCAUCCAAGAGUUUCCCUGCUACCUGGAGAGCUUUUUUUUUUUUUUUUCUGAGACAGGGUUUCUCUGUAUAGCCCUGGCUGUCCUGGAACUUGCUCUGUAGAGCAGAGAUCCAUCUACCUCUGUGGCGUGCACCACAACCACCUGGCUGAGAACUUUUACCAAGCCUGAGUUUUUAUUUCUGGAAGGACAAGCUUAGAUGCCAAUCUAGAAAUAGUUAAUUUGGGAUGUAGAUAGGACAUUUUCCUUCUUCAGGUUGGAGAGUUUGUGCCAUGGUGUGAGUUCUACAAGCUUCUUUUUUUUAAAACUAUGUGUUUUGUUUUACUGUUCUGAGACAGAGUCGGGUUGUGUAGCCCUGCCUAGCCUCGCACUGUGGCACACUCCCGCCAGUCUCCAGAGUGCAAGGAUUCCAGGUGGACGCUACCACACCUAGCUUUUCUUUCCUUUUCCUUUCUUUUCUCUGAGUACUAAUAUGCAAACAGUGAUUUGUCUGUGGAGGAGGAGCUUACUGGGCUCUAGGCACCGGCACCACAAGCCAGCUUCCAAGGUGACAUUGAAGUAAGGUCACAUUUAUUUCUUUGUGUUCUGCCUCCGUCAGUAAAGAAUGCUUCUAUUAAAGUUAGGAUCAGCUUUAGAGGAUUAACUGUUUUAGAAAACUAAUUGGAAAUUCACAUCAUUCUCGGAAGAGAGGAAACUAAAACUUGAUUCAAAUAAAUAAUCUUUAUUAUUCAUCAGUGCCGUACAGGCCCAGAGCCAGAGACGUGUACUGACGGUCCUUGGUUUGGAAGCUAAAGACAGUGUCAUUGUUCCCGGUGCCACUAGAACCCUGCUUAGUCUAAGAAAGACUGGGCCUCUCCCGGCGAAAUCCUCCCCACCACAGUGGAAAAGUGGGCACGGGCUUUGAAACAGAAAACUACAAAUUAACAGAAGAGAAGACGGCUCAAGAACAAACAAGUGGCCAGGCCACGACCCAGAUCAGCCUCGGAAACAGGCUCGGCACAAUCAGGUGUACGAAACAAAACCACCGCACGCGUCUCUUCACGUGACCUGGCAAGAAAGGCACGUUCAUAAAGGCAGGCCAACGUAAAGCAGGCAUGGGGCAACAUUCACCCAUAAAUAGCCGUGGGAGACUUUCUAGAGACACAGAAGCUGUAAACGUGUGCUGUGAUGCUGGUUACACACGCUACUCUAACCAAUACCCAGUGAACAGCUGCAAUGUGGACACACGAAAGCCCACCUCCAUACACCUUAAUGGGGAAAAUGAGACGGAUCAAUUUCCGACAGGAAUACCGUGUAGUUUUUUUAACUUCACAAGUGUGUAACAAAUGCCAGGAAAGAUAUUUGUAAUGUCCAAGGUAAACGUGUGAAAUUAAAAACCUUUGUUUAAACAUUUACAUGGGAAAAGAGCUUGAUGCUUAACAAAUAUGAACUCUGGUUACCUCUGGGUGUAUUUUAUUUCUUGUCUUUUGUUUACCCAUAUUGUCUAAUGUUGAAAUGCAUUGUGUUAUAUACGGUAAAAGUAAUAAAUGCCUUU